AGAAGAGAUGGCUGUAGUUUGCAGUCACGUGGGUAUUUAAGGAAGUGAACCCACAGAAACGCAUGUGCUAAAUGUUAGCAGGUCGGAUCUUUUUCACCUGGCCCGCUCUACUGUUCUGUGGAUGAUCUGAUGUGGAAUCACGGAGGACUGCUGUUCACCCGUUUCAUCUGGCAGUUUUGGCAUCUUAACCGUGCAGGUACCCUGAUCGGAUAUGGAAGUAAAGGAAGAUGUGGAUGCUGAUGGUGAGGAUCAGUCGACAGGAGACGAUGUCAUUGACAUCAGUUUUUGCGGCUCCACACCUCUGCUGUGGAAGGUGUCAGAUAUAAAGAGGUGUCGAGGUGCGGGUGUGAUCGGGGCUCUUGUGGGCUCUCUGGCCCGUCAGCCUCGGCAGAAUGUGCGGCUGGGCAGACCUCUUGAGCUGAUGCAGGAGGAGGCGCUGAUGCUGGAGGAGACGACCAGUGCUGCAGCAUCACUGCACACUCAGCAGGACUGUGAAGAUGAGGAGGCCGCGAGACAGUACGAGGCAGCGCUGGAGAGCAGUUAUACAGAGCAGUGCACUCUGGCCCUGGAGGACAAGAAGACAGUGCUGAGGAGAAUAAUGCAAGAGAAAGAGAAUGAUACUGAUGACUCCGGAAAUGCAGUCAGAGAUCGUCUUAAUGCCCUGGACCAAGCUUUCAGUUUUCCACGGUCUGCUAUGGCGAUCCAGCUUUGUACAGCCCGGGCCGGCUUCAGCCACUGCCCAGAUGAGCGUAGUUUCCCUUCCACAGACUGGCCAAUGCCUAGAGAUGAACGUUCGGAAAUCAGAUUCCGUGUAUACAGGGAUUUGAGAAGUAAAGGCUAUUAUCUGACCUCCGCAGGGAAGUUCGGAGGAGAUUUCUUGGUAUAUCCAGGUGAUCCUCUGCGUUUUCACGCUCAUUACAUUGCAUUGUGCAUGUCCAUGGAUGAACAGUUGCCGCUCUGCGAUAUUCUGGCUAUAGCUCGUCUGGGCUCUAACGUGAAAAAAACAGUGUUGCUUUGCUCUCCUCAGAAGCCCAGCGAGACUGGAAAGGAUGAGAGCAUAGAGGAGGGUGUGGUGUAUUCAUCGCUGCAGUGGAGUUCUAUGGUUUAACUGGAAUAAACUCGUUUGAUCUGUUGAGGUUGUUGAAAGGUGGUGUGGUGCUAUUGAUGCAGGUCGAAUAACUCUGUCGUGCCUCUAUAUUGUGGAAUGAAAUAAAUCUGAUGGAGUUCUCAAAAUGUAGAGCAUCAUACAAGAAGAUGCCUUGAUAUAAGUGAUGUUUUGGGAAUCUGCUUAAUUUAUGUUUGUGCUGUUUUCUGCCCAAAAACAUUUCAUAUCUUAUUUUGUGCAGACAUUAUUGUGGCAAAAGAAGCAUACGUAUAUAAACACUGGUGUGA